GCCUACCCGGCGGCCCCGGCGGAGGCGGGACCAGGGUGCUUCCCGCCGUCCGCUCCCGCCAUUGGUGGGCCGUUUGAAUGGCGGAAGUGACGAGGUCCUGGCGAUGGCCGUCCCGCGGGCACCCAAACGGCUGCUGGGUAGCGGGCUGGCUGCGGACGCCCGUGUGCGGUGAGGUCCGGCCGUACACGCUGUCAGAUCCUUUAUAUUUAAAAUACGCAGAAAUGAAAAGAAAGGUGAUGAACACUGGAAAACUGAGAUUGAGUCCUAAUGAGGAAGCCUUCAUUUUGAAGGAAGAUUAUGAAAGAAGACGGAAACUAAGAUUGCUUCAGGUUCGAGAACAAGAAAGGGGCAUUGCCUUCCAGAGAAGAGAAGACAUAAAACAGAGGCGAAAUCAGCAGUUUUCCCGUUUGGCUGAGGAGCUAAGGGCAGAAUGGGAAGAAGCACAAAGCCAGAAAAUACAAAACUUGGAAAAACUGUAUUUGGCAAGUUUAAGACAUAUGGGAGAGGGACAUCGACAGGCUAAAGAAAAUGAACCUGACUUGGAUGCUCUGGCUCGGCGGACAGCAGAAAGAAAAAGAAAAGCUGAAAUGAGGCAUAAAGAAGCCCUUAAAGUGCAGAAAAGUCAAAAAGAAAUGCUAAUGAAGCAGAGAACCAGGCACAUAAGAGCUCGAAAGGAAGCGUUGCUUGUGGAAAAAGAGAGAUCGGCUAAAGUGGCCAGGCUGCCGCCUCCUGUCCCAGCCCCUUUUGAGAACAUUGAAAUAAACAGAAUUCCUUCAUUGAAGACCAAUAGUUCCACCUACCAUCAUAUUUCCACUUUUGUGAGUAGACAGAUGGGCACAAAGCAGCCAGAUGCUCAUUUGGCUGCUGAAGAAGAAGCUAGGCGGUUGGAAGGACUACGAAGGCAGGCCGCACAGGAGAGAUUGGAGCAGUUUGAAAGGGCCCAUGUGCGGGGAUCCCAAGCCAUGAAGAAGAUCCACUUGGCCCAAAACCAAGAGAGACUAAUGGAAGAACUCAAACAGCUGCAGAAAGAGGACCUGGCACGUAGGAGGCAGACAGUGGCACAGAUGCCACCACAACUCGUUGAACUGCCGUACAGACGCAGUGAGGUGAAGGAAGACUGGCAGCGGGAACUGGAGUUCGCCUUUGAGGACAUGUACAGUGCAGACAGGAAGGUGAAAGGAAACCUGAUUUUGCAUCUUAAGCCAGAGCCUUUGCCUGCCAUGUCUGAUCAGCUCCAGGAUGAAGAACUGGACCUUUCAAUGGAGCGAGAAAACCCAGUACCCUUUGCAAUGAAGACCCAAGAGAUCCCCUCAAGAAUUCUUUUUAAAAGAUUGUUAAAUAAGAUUCGAAGCCAAAAGUCUCUGUGGACAAUCAAAUCCGCGUCUGAGGAUGAAAGUGAAGUGACUGCAAGUGUCAGGGAGCCUGGGAGUAAAGCAUCAACCAUGGAGUCAGGAGCUGGGACCCUCGAGGAGGGAACGCUGUCCUCCGAGCAGGAGCAAGUCAUGGACUCUGAUAGGCUGACGAUUGAGUCUGGACCACUGAGUAGUGAAGAUAAGCCAUUUUUCUGCCAAGCAGGCGCUGGAAAGGAACAAGCAGUUGCUGUAUUUCCACCUGUCACACCUGUGCCCCAGAGUUCAGUACUGCUUCAUCCUCAGGAAGAAGCAGUCAGAAUUCGAAUGUCAGCAAGACACAAACAGAUAAUGGAGAUAGAAGAGCAGAAGCAGAAGCAGUUGGAAUUACUUGAACAAAUUGAGCAACAGAAGUUAAGGUUAGAAACUGAUUGUUUCCGGGCUCAACUGGAAGAAGAAGAAAAAAGGAAGAAGACUCAGCAGCCUGAGGUUUGCCCUGCUCCAGUGUCACAUGCUACGAUUUCUGAUGAAGACUGUCACAGGCAGAUGAUUCGUAACUAUCAACAUCAGCUUUUACAACAAAACAGGUUACACAAACAGUCUGUUGAAACUGCCAGGAAACGAUUACUCGAAUACCAAACUGUAUUAAAGGAAAGAUACCCAUCCAUGUCACCCACAUCACUGAUACCUGAUUCUGUUAUAUCAGGACCAUCACAGAAAUCCCAAAAGCCUACUACUGCGUCAGAGCGCUGGGAUCCAUGCCAGAGACUGAAAUUGAGUCUUAGCAAAUAUCAACCUGUGCAAUCCUCACAGGUCCCUGCAUUAGAUCAAAGUCAUAGUCAGGCACUAAGACAGGGUCACUUUUCACUGAGGCAAGGAGAAACAGAUGCAUCAGAGAUAUUAGCCAAGCAGUCUGUGGGGUCACGGGAACAUCUACAGCAUUUCUCUCAGGUGGAAGCACAUCAAAGAGACUAUGAAUUUGUCCCUAAAGAUUCUCAUGCACUUUCAAGAACUUUGUCUUAUGAUAGGCCACAAACAUUACUGGAUGCUGGAGAAGUAGUAUCUCAACCACUGAGGGGAAUAACUUGUCAAACUUUGGAUUCCCAACAGAUAACAUCAGAGGAUAGUGAAAAUAUAUCUUCUAAGCCAACUGAACCUUCUUCGUUUCUCCCACUGGUGCCUGAACGUUCUUUUACUAAUCUCCCUGUUAAACUUGAAUCUGGAAAAGUUCAGGAACCCUUUACAACCAUAAGCAAAAGUACAGUUUCUAUAAACCACUCGGUAAUGGGUCACAUUCAUGAUCAGCCUUUGUCAUCCUCAGACACAAUCACAGCCCAGCAGGGUAACUUAAAGUUUCUCCAAGAACAGUUAGAACUUCAGAAAGAAGUUCUUCAAGCAAGACAAGAGGCCCAGGAAAAGCUGGCUUUUUACACACAGAAAGAACUAGAAAAGCAGGCUAGUCUUCCAGUAUUCUUCCCAUCAUCAGCUGGAGAUUUCUUUACUUCACUGCCAUCUACCUCAGCUGAAUUGGGAAAAAUCCAGGCAUCUUCAGCAGAAAGUGAUGCCACUGUUUCCUCAGGCAAUAUGGAUACGCUUUGGGGUUUUUCACUACCUGUCUUAUCACAGCAAACUAAUUUAGAAUUUCUCCAAGACCAGAUCAAUGUUCAGAAGGAUAACCUUCAAGCUAGGCGGGAAGCCCAGGAAGUCUUGUUAGCACAUAAACAGAGUAAGCUGGAUGAAAUUGUACAUUCUGAACAGACUGGGCCCUCUGGGCCACAUCAGGUGGCUCAGCAGUCAUUUAGUUCACUAACACUGACUGAUAGACAAUCUAGAAAAAUCCAGGAACAGCUUUUACCUACAAACCAGAAAGGUCUUCUCCCAAGCCAGUCUGAAAUCUCAAGUUCUCAGGAUGGGUCUUCAAGUUUUCUACAGCAGAUCCUCCCUCUCCGCAGUAGUUUAAAGUUGCUGCCAGAGCGGUUGGCUACACAGAAGGAUGAAGAUCAGGCUAGAGGGGAAGCACAAGAGGACUUCCUUCUACACAGAGAAGGAAGUUUGGGAGACACCAGGUCUAGGCCAGGACAUUGCCUCUCCUCGGUGGUUGCUCAGCAUUCAGAUGCUCCUUGUGCAGUUUCAGAAUCUGAGCCUGAGAGGCCCCAGGAACUGUAUUCAUCUGAGGAGGCUAUAGUUCCCUCUAAUCAUUUGAUCACCCCAGCACUGAAGGAGGAGUCUCGUGGCUUUCCGCACCACGACUUGACAGGACAGGAACAAUUUGCAACACUCCAGGAACAGGCACGCCUUCAGAGGGUUAUACUUGGUGCUGGAAAAGAAAUUCAGGAACAUGCACACAAAGAAAAUGAAUUAGAAAAAGGACUUUGUUCUCAACAAACUGGUGACUUGUCUUCUCCAUCCCAGGUAGCUGAAUGGGAAAGAUUCCAGGAGUUUGUAUCAGUCAAGAAUGAUGAUAGUACAGGGCCCUUAAGCCUUAAGAUUCCAGGGUUUCAGGAAAGACUGCUUAGAUUUUCACAACAUACAUUCCCUCUGCAAAAUAAUUUGCAAGAACACCAAGAAUGGGUAGACCGAGAAAAAGAGAGUUCACAGUUUAGUCCUCAAACUCGGGAGAAUUCAUCUUCUCAACAGACAGGUUUUUCGUCCUUCCUGCCCUCAUUAGGACCCUCAUCAUGUGUGUCCCUGCCUUCUGCUGCCUCUGGCACAACACAGCAGCCCCUGUCAACAGAGAGUGAUAGUAAAAUGACGUCCAGCCAUCUUCAGAUACCAGAGCUGCAGGACAGACUUUGGAAGAUAUCCCAGCUUAUCCAGCCGCAGCAAGACAGCUUGAAGGCCCUUCAAGAACAAUUAGCUACCCAAAGGGAAGCCAUCAUCCAGUCUAGACAAGAAGCUCAUGAAGAAGUACUAAGAGAGUGGAAAGAAAGAGUAUUCCCAGAGCAGGUUGGUCCAUCUUCUCCCCUGAUAGCUCAGCAUUCACACGCUUCGUUCUCUCUCUCUGACUCUGAAAGAACACAAGAACUUCGUUCAACCAACAGUGCUGAUGCAGUAUCUUUAGGUUGUUCUGAGAUGCUGGGUUUGCCCGGCAGGGCAUUGGGUUUAUCACAUACUGCUUUACCUCAGCAGAAUAAUCUGACUGCACAUCCAGAGCACCUCCAUGCACAAACAAAUUCCUUUCAUUCUACUGAGAAAGCCCAGGAAGAGUUAGUGUUUCCCAGACCAUGCAGAUUUGAAGAGAUACCUGGUGAACGUUUUAUCCAACCUCAUCAUGGUGACUUGAAGGCACUUCAACAGCAGUUAGAUAUGCAAAAGAAAGUCAUUAGAUCUGGCCAGGAAAUGCAAGAGGAACUGCUUUUGCAAAGGUUAAAUGAAUUGGAGCAAAGGGUAUCUUGCAAACAGAUUAGCUCCUCUUCAGUCUCGUCACAGGUAGCGCUACCUGUUGCCAACUCUGAAGGGACCAUACAAUCUUUCCCAACCAAAAGUGAUGAUACUGAGAUGCCUAGAUCCCGUGGUGAGUAUCUGAGCUUUUCACAGCCCCUUCUACCUCAACACGGUAACCUGACAGGACAGUUGGAUUUAGAAAUGACAUCUAAAGAACUGCUUUUACACAAACCAAACAGCCAGGACAAAGGUGACUCUCCUGAGCAUGCCAUCCCUGCCUUGUUUCUCUCCAAGGAACUAGAGCACCCAUUCAUUCCAUUACCUUUUGCAGAAGCUAAAUCUGAAAGCUUUUGUGAGUUGUACUUACCUAAAAAGGAGCAUGCAGCUCCUUCUAGUGAUGCUGUGACCCCAAGAUUGCAGAACAGACUUUUGAGUUACUCCCAGCCUGUUUUAACUCAGCAAGACAACAUGAGACUUCAGAAGCAGUUGAAUCUACAACGAGAAGCUCUACAGUCUAGGCAAAAAGCCCAAGAAGAAUUCCUUGUGCAGAGACAGACAGCCUUGCGGCAGCAAAUUGAAAAACACAGAGAGACUUUGAAAGAGUUCUUGGAUGUCAGUCAGGCAAGGAAGGCCACAGGUGAGAAUGACCUGAAAAUGCAGCCUAUAGAACAGCUCAGAGGGUGGCUUCCUCAUGUCCGAGGCUCUGCUUGGGGAGACUCUAAUCAGAAGAGCACUAGCAGUGAGCAGCCACGUUCAGUAGAUGUCCUUGAGGAGCACAGCGGUGAGAUGAUCCUGUUGUCUGGUGAGAGUCUGGGCAAAGAACUGAAUGGUAGAGCCUCUAAGCCACCUGUCUCCAAAGUGAAAUGUGGUUUGGACUUAAACCAGCAUGAGCUUAGUACUAUACAGGAGGUGGAGUCACCAGCAAGUGGCAGGACUUCCAUGCCAGGUAAACAAGACUUUUAUCAAGACCGAGACCCCUUAAGGGUCUCCAUAAGCAGAGAACAAAGUUUCCUGGGGAGUCCACUGGCACGUGACCCAUUUGAUUGUCACCAGCCACCUGCCCAGAACAGCGGAAGCCAUGACUAUGAUGAAGCAGUUAAAGUCAAGGAAUCUGAUGUUGAGAAUCAUGCGAUACUGAGUCAUGCUGUCUCAGAAGAAGGGUGUACAUACCUGGGUCCAAUUGUAAAGCCAGAUGAUAAGGCUGAAACACAAGAGAUUUCUCAGGAGGCAUUAUCUUCAGUAACUGUUUCUACUGGAAGCUUCUUAAGUUAUGAAAUCACAGAUUUGAGCCUUACAGAUCCAGAGUCAUUUUCGGAACAGAUGGAGCAUCAAGAACAAGAAUCUACCAGUAAACAAUCUACCAGUAAACAAGAAGGUAUUUAUCAGCAGUUGCACACCUUGGGUGCUAAUGAAUCUCUGUUGCCCACGGAGGAAGAAAGGGCAUCCGAUCACACACGUGUUCAGCAGAUCAGAGACAAGGAUAUAAAUGAAGCAAAUUUGAUACCUGAAAAAAGAGACUUGCAGGUUCCAGCUGUGGACCUUGACUUUCCAGAAUUGGAACACGUAUUUCCACACUUACAUCGUCAGCUCUUUAAACCUUUAGAACCAUAUCUAGAUUUUGACUUAUCAUCAUCCUCUGGAAUUUCUCAAGACAACAGAGACUUUUACGAGAGCUCUGAUGUUAAAGUAUCAUCCACAAGCACAGUUUGUUUCACAGCACUGAGGGCCAACUUGCAUUCUUCUAAAUCAAGGCUAAACCAGCAACCGGAUGUUCACCUGGCUCAUGCUGCAGCUCAGACUUUUGCUACUGAGGGAUCUGAACAAUCUUUUCAGCAGCUUCUACCAGAAUUCUCUUCACAGGAAAGCCAACAUGCUGAUCUACCAAGUAUUUACAGCAUCGAAGCAAGAGGUACUUACCAAAGCAUGGAAAACCAGAACUAUUCUGAACAGACUGAAAUACCACAAAAUAAGAAAAAAACUGUUCAUUUUCAGUCCUCGACAGAGAAUUUGAGUCCAGUCUGCAGUUCACCUGAUGAUGCUACUGUAUUUGAUCAGUUACACCUGCAACACAGCACUCCAUGUGGUUCCAUCUCUAGUGAGUGCUCAGGAAAACAAUUAGAAAGCAAAGAAGAAAUGCCGGGCUUUCAAGAACUGUCCAGGAAAGUGGUUACAAUGUCAAAAAGCCAAAGACUCACUAAAGAUGAAAAUGAAGCUAUAAAUCCACAUGUAGAAACUGACUUGGAGGGAAAUUCACAGAGUAUUCAAAUUAAAGCUGAAAGAAACCUAUCUCAGGUAGCACAAGCAGAGCACAUGACAAAUUCCAAGUCAUUUCAGAGCUCUAUUCCCGUCUGGGAAACAGAAUCUGGCUAUGGUAUAAUGGAAGAACCAGACCUUACUCUAGUAAGCACCAGUGAUAUCAGCAUUGCUGAAACAGAUCUUGCAAACUUAACCCUUGAUGAGAAUGACAAUGAAGCACAAAGCUGUUUCCAGGAAGGUGCAUUUCUGCCUCCAUCUCCAACAGAAACCUCCGAUUAUGGAGCUGUAUCAGAGCCUUGUAUAAAUCAACCCCAAGUGACACUUUCAGCCACACCAACGAAAAGGAAAAAUACAUGUAUGGCGCAAUCCUACCAGAGACAAAGAGAAGUGCGGAAUAAAACUCAACUCCCUCAAACAGGUUCGUCCCUGAGCCGCCUGAAGGGUGUGAAUAAAGUUAGAGCACCUCCCCUUGAAGAGAGAAAGGCCAGACAAGCCCUCACUCACCAAAGGGCACUAAGAUUAUACAAGCAGUUAGCUGAGGUAAGACAGCAAAGAGAAGAAAAAGCAAAGCAAGAAGUCCAUGCUCAAAAUAAAGCAAGGGCAAAAGAAUUUCAUAAGAAAACACUAGAGAAACUUCGAGCCAAAAAUACAUGCUGACUUCCUACAAA